AUGCUGAUGACGAUCAGGUUGAAGAUAGGCUGAAGGAAUUGAGAUGUCACUUUACCUGGGGGCUGCUAAUUGAAGACAGUGCAAUGCCUGAUUUAGAAAACAGGGUCUUGGAAGAGAUUGAGUUCCUAGACACCAAGUACAAUGUGGGAAUACACAACCUGCUGGCCUAUGUGAAGCACCUGAAAGGCCAGAAUGAGAAAUCCUUGGAGAGCUUGAAAGAAGCCGAAGACUUAAUCCAGCGAGAUCAUGCCAACCAAUCGGACAUGAGAAGUCUGGUGACCUGGGGCAACUAUGCCUGGGUGUGCUACCACCUGGGAAGACAGUUUGCAGAAGCCCAGACUUACCUGGAUAAGGUGGAGAGCACUUGCGAGAAGUUGGCAAGUCCUUUCCGCUAUAGAAUGGAGUGUCCUGAGAUGGACUGUGAGGAAGGAUGGGCCUUGCUGAAGUGUGGAAAAAAGAAUUACGAACGGGCCAAGGCCUGCUUUGAAAAGGCUCUGGAAGCGGACCCUGAAAAUGCUGAAUUCAGCACUGGGUAUGCAAUCAUCACCUAUCGCCUGGAUGGCUUUAACACCUCAACUCUGCACCCCCUAAGGCAGGCCGUCCGGCUAAAUCCAGAAGAUGCAUAUAUUAAGGUUCUCUUUGCCCUGAAGCUUCAAGAUGUGGGACAAGAAGCUGAAGGAGAAAAGUACAUUGAAGAAGCUCUGACCAACAUAUCCUCACAGACUUAUGUCUUUCGAUAUGCGGCCAAGUUUUACCGAAGAAAAGGCUCUCUGGAUAAAGCUCUACAACUCUUAAAAACGGCCUUACAGGCAACACCCACCUCUGCCUUCCUGCAUCACCAGAUGGGGCUUUGCUACAGGAACCAAAUGAUCCAAAUAAAGAAAGCUGCAAAGUGGCAGCCUAGAGGGCAGGAUAGAGAAAAUGUGGACAGAAUGAUAAGAUUAGCCAUAUUUCAUUUUGAAUUUGCUGUUGAACAAAAGCCUUCAUUUGAUAUUGCUUAUAUACACCUGGCAAGUAUGUAUUCAGAAGUAGGCAAUCACAGAAAAGCUGAAGACAUUUAUCAAAAACUGUUAUGCACGAAACCAGUUGAAGAAGAAACUCUGCAAAAGAUACAUUUCCACUAUGGCCAGUUUCAGGAAUUUCAAAAGAAAUCUGAAGUCGAUGCAAUUAAACAUUACUUAAAGGCAAUAAAAAUAGAAAAGGCAUCAUAUAUUAGGGAUAAAAGUAUCAAUUCUUUGGAGAAAUUGGCUUUAAGGAAACUUGGGAGAAAUGCAUCAGACCUGGAAGGCUUGAGCCUCCUUGCGUUUGUCUACAAAUCGAAAGGAAAAAUGAAUGAAGCCCUGGAGUUUUAUGAGCAGGCCCUGAGACUGUCUGCUGACUUUCAGGACUCUGUUGGACAUGAUCCCUAGGCACCAAAAUAUUGGUCACUUUCACAUUUCAUUUGAUUUUAGGCUAAUGUGUACUAAUCAUCUUUUCUGCUUACUGCUUUCAGAAACAUGUAAUUCACUUUAAUGAUGUAAUUUUUGAACAAUUACUCAAAGCUGAUAAAAUAUUAGUUGUAUUCAGAAAAUAGUGAAACAGAAUAUGUGUGUGUGUGUGUGUGUGUGUGUGAGAGAGAGAGAGAGAGAGAGAGAGAGAGAAAGGCCAUUUGUUUGAAUGCCACAUAGUAGGAAAACAGUUUGUUGAGUAGAUAUGGAGCAAAUAAAACACUGGACUUAAAUGUUUAAUUCACUUAUUUUACCAACAAAUAGUUUAGAGUGCUAGACACAAAAAAUACUAUGGGGAACAGCAGACAUUUUCCCCAAACCUCAUGCCAUUUACAAUCCAGUGAGAGACAGUAAAAUAAGCACACAAUCAAUUAAAGGUCAGCUUUCUCCAUAAAGAUGUUUUCGGUUUAAUUAAUUGUCAAACAGUUCCAAGGAAUUUUUCUUGCUUUAUGCCAUUUUAUUUGAAGUACUAUUUAGUAAGUCAUUGGCUGAUAUUGAUCUAGUUAGGUCAAGAAAUAUGAAAAGGAUGCUAAAUUAUCUAAAAGACCUUCUAAAGCAAUUACCUUUGGUUAUGAAUAAUCACAUUUUAUUAAAAGGCAAUGUACAACAAAUAAUAUUGUUAGAGGGAAAAAUAAAGAAGCAAUGUUAUUGAUUUUUCA